AUGCGGCACCCGGACUAUCGGCCGCUUAAGAAGGGCAGCGAAGUGUCCCCGUACGGGCCGCUGUGGGACGGCUCCGCCGGCGCCAGUUCCCUAUCCCGACAUCCUGGCUUUCCGCCAGCCGACCUGGACCAAACGCGACCUGGAAGCUCUGGUGGACGAGCUGAACGCGGGCCGGCCGCAGUGUCCCGUGGGACUCAACACGCUCGUGAUCCCGCGCAAGCUCGCCGGCGGCGGCGGCGGCGCGCCGACCUCAACCAGCCCUACGUCUACUUGCAUUGCGGACACGUGCAGGGCGAGCACUCGUGGGGCAAGGACGGCGGCGAGGGGUCGCGGCGCUGCCCCAUGUGCCUGACCAUGGGCCCGGUGGUGCGCGUGUGCAUGGGGCUGGAGCCCGCCUUCUACGUGGACGCGGCGCCGCCCACGUACGCGUUCAACCCGUGCGGACACAUGGCGUCCGAGCGCACCGUCAAGUACUGGGCCAGCGUCGACAUCCCGCACGGCACCAACGGCUUCCGCGCCAUCUGCCCCUUCUGCGCCGAGCCGCUGCAGGGCUCGCCCGGCUACGUGCGGCUCAUCUUCCAGGACAACCUCGACUGAAUCUCUGACGUCACGAGUUCAUGCCGCAUGAACUAUCAUAGGUUGGUACAAUACAUCGAUCGAAUAAAACAAACAGUGUAUUGCAUCUCUCAAUGGACGUCGAGAUUAUGCCGGCCGGAUAAAGCAUGGGAUACUUUGAAACACGACUCAUUGGAACAAGCCACUAUUGGAUACGAAUUGAAAAUAAAUUCCCACGACUGGUCUUAGUAUAAAUUAUAAUUUUUAUUUCCAUGUUGAUAUCCGUGCCUGAACAUCAAGUGCAUUAUAAACGGCGCCCGUCCAGCGCGACGCGGUUUCCCAUUGAUAGUAUGUAAGUGAAGGUUAUAUCGACACCAACUUAUAUCACCGGCUUAUACUAAUGGCUAUGACGAUCAAGGCGUUGAGGACGCUCUCAUGACCGCUCAGUUAGCACAUUAAUGGAAACUCACUGCAAUGGAACAUCACCUCUGCAUGUAAUCAAUGUAAUAAUUUGAGGGAGCGGCUGGGCUGGAUAAACAGUUUGCAAUCAUAAGUCGAUAUGAGCUAGAUUUGCCGGCUAACAACCGUUUUCAAUAAA